AUAUAUAUAUGUGUAUCCAUGACCGGGCAAAUGCAGAUCACACAUCUUCAUACACCCCAACCAUGCAUGGUUUAUCGAACCAAAUAAUCCCCCCAUCCUCAACAUUCAUUAACAGCCAUGGCCUAGCUACAUAUAUUGCUGACAGCUUUUAGUCUAAAGCAUCCCAUCCUCAACAUUAUUUCACAACCAUGGCCUAGCUACAUAUAUUGUCCAAAAAAAUUAGUCUAAAUCAUCCCCAUAUCCUCAACAUUCUUCCACAGCCAUGGCCUAGCUACGUAUAAUGUCCAUGAGUUUCUAGUUUUUAAUCACUAUUGUUAACCUGUUGGAGAGUUUGUUGUGUUCGAUUAAUUAAGGAAGGAGGACAACCAUGGAUCUGGACAUGUAUAACAUGGUGGUGCAAGAAAACGGCGAAGUCACAUACGAGCUGACCGACCCGACGAAAUGGGGCGCGUGGGCGCACGAGGGGCACCGGCUGUGGGCGUCCAUGUCGGAGGACUUCUGGCUAUACGAGUACAAGGUCCGGAUGUGCCCGCAACCGUAUAGCCAUGACUGGACGGCGUGCCCCUACGCGCACAAGGACGAGCGCGCUCGUCGCCGCGACCCGCGCCGCUUCAGCUACAUUGCCGUCUCCUGCCCGGAGUACCGCACCAACGCGCGCGCGCAUGCGCAGCUCCGGCUCGCCGGCGCCGCGCACCCGCCGCCAACCUGUGCGCGCGGCCUCAGGUGCCGCUACGCGCACGGCGUCUUCGAGCUCUGGCUGCACCCAUCCCGGUUCCGCACGCGCACGUGCGACGCCGGCACGCGCUGCCAGCGCCAGAUCUGCUUCUUCGCGCACUUCACCCACGAGCUCAGGGGCGAGGAUCCCAUCGCCGCCUUCGCCACCGCCGCCACGGUGCCGCCUUCGACCUUUGACAUGCCACAGAUGGCCCCCGCCGCCUUUGCCGCCGCCGCCACGGUGCCACCUUCGACCUUUGACAUGCCGCAGACGCCGCCCCACAUCCUCCAGCGCGCUCCAUUCACUUCGGUGCCGCGUCCGUAUGCUGUUCCAGCUCCUCAACUGUUUGAUGAUGUCACCCUACAGGCCACUCCAAAUCGGCUUCGCAUGCUGAGCCUAUAUUCUGCCAUCAAUGGGGAUGAUGUUUUCUCCUCCCCCAUCGCCACCUCCGCCGCCGUCACCACAGCUGCGACCACCAUGCCGACCAUGAGGGUGCCCUUGCCGGCGUACGAGGAGGUGGAGGACGCUAAAUCCGUCCACUAUGCGGACGACGAAGACUCCCUGUUAAACGACUACCCGCACCGAGAUCUCAUCAUGGACUUUAUGCGCUAGAUAUCCGAGCUAUGGCUGUCGUGGAUGUACGCCAAACGGCUGUAGGGCGUGCGUAUAUGUUAGUAUAUAAUCAUUCCUGGUCAUAAUAAGUGCCCUUUCCAUGUAGAGAUAUAUAUCCGAUGGAGAUGUGUGCUAUUGUCAUUUAUA